UGAGCAUGUCUGGGAACAAACUUGGCAGUGGUUGGCUGAUGGAAUUUUGUAUGAACAACGAAGGCUCUCGAAAAUCCAAGAUUUACAACUUAGUGAUCAAGAGUUGCAAAAUUUAACUCUUGUGGAGAUCGAGAAGUUGAUGCAAAAAAAGAGAAAAAGUCUAAAAGAUUAUCCCUCAAUACCGUAUCCAAAUGGAUAUAUCACGGAACAACUAGGGAAUAAGCUUAUUUAUGCAGAAAGUGAUUAUGAUACAUCCAAGUUGCGUGAGGAGUUCCAAACUUUGUAUGCUUCUCUUACCGAUGAACAGAAAGACAUAUUUGACACAAUAAUGGAAGCUGCAAAUAACCAAAAAGGCGGAGUAUACUUUUUAUAUGGUUGUGGUGGUACAGGAAAAAUAUUUAUGUGGAGGACACUAGCUUCUGCCUUACGUUCUCAGCGUCAUAUUGUUUUAACUAUCGCGUCCAGUGGUAUAGCUUCUCUACUCUUACCUGGCGGUAGAACUGCACACUCUAAAUUUUCAAUCCAAGUUCCUACUCUAGAGAACUCUAC